AUGCGCCAGAAAUCUCAGACAGCAGCCGGAUUCACCCCUAACACCCCUUUUACCCCCGAAGUAUUGUCGUACCCCCUACCGGAUCGGUUUAAUUACCCCCGAGUGAAAGAGUAUGACGGGACUACAGACCCCAUCAACCAUCUCAACAUAUACACAGAUAUCAUGAAUUUGCAAGUUGCACCCGAUGCAGUAAUGUGCAAAGCCUUUCCUCAGAUGCGUCAAGGACCCAAUGAAACACUUCUCAAUUUCAUGACAAUGUUUAAUAAAGCAAAACUUCAGAUUCCUGAUCUACAUAUCACAGUCACCGUUUCUGCCUUAACACAUGCCAUAAGGAUGCCCGAGUUUCUUGUUCUUGCAAUAACCAUCAUGUCCAAGGUUGGGGGUUUGGGGGCUGCAGGGGAUAGCUGUGGUGUGGGAUGA